AGUUGUCAGCACAUCUGUCUUAUAAACAUCAUCAAUUUGGUUCAGUGGGUGCAGAGUACAAUGUUUGCUCUCAACGUUCCAGCUCUAGAAAGCUAGAAGAGUGGUGUACAGAGAUCAGUAAGCAGGCCUCACUUAUCCUCUCUUUGGGGUUCAUGUGCAGGUGUCAGAGUGGGAGCAAGUUUCAAGAUCUAAACAGUGCUUGGUGAAGGUGAAGACAUUCCCCCAGCUUACAAGGAAUCGAUACAUCGACAGAAAGAUUGUACUUCUCGGAAUCCAUGGGGGCAAAAGAACAGCAACAAAGAAACAAAAUCCAUCAGAGAAGCGGAGAAACCAAACCAACCCCACCGUGUCAGUCAACAUCUUCUUCGAACUCUAGCAUUUGAGCUUACUUUGUCCUCGGUUUGUUCUCCUUUUGUCGCCGUCGUUGCCGUCUCCUGAUCGAACUCGGUAGUUGUUUUUAUCUGAGAAGUAGACAGUAUAAUUGUUCGUUCGUCCAAGAACAUGAUCACCGAUCCUAUAUUAUGAUCUCGGCAACCGAAGCUAUAGGAACCUGUACGUAGAUGUUCUCUAAUCUUGUAGUUGGCAUUCGCCGUUCCUGUGUAUGUUAUCAUGUGGCAGAUGAAGCCUUCCUGUAUCGCCAACCUAGUCCUCACAAAGGGGUUCAUCUCUGCGUCUUCCACCGCCACUGAUUCCAUGCAUCGGGAUGACGCAGGUAGAAGACGACCUCAAAGGUUCAAGGUGGACAAGUACAAGGUUCUGUUUUCGGAGAGGGGAUCAGGUUGCAAGCUUGAGUUGUUGAAGCUUGCCCUGUUCAUCCUUGUGUUCUGCAUGGGGUUGACGCUUGCUUUCUCGCCCACAAUCCACAAGGAGCAACAGCUGCUGCCCUCUGUUUCCAGGUCUCGAUUGGCAGAUGCUGCACGGAUUCGGCAGACAACGCUUUCAGAUCCUCGAUACGUAUCGAAUUUGGAUGUCGAUUGGGGUCGAUUGUCCGAUGUUGUUAAGGAUAUAAGCACUAAGGAAGGAGAUCUCAACGUUGGCCUACUAAACUUCAACUUCUCUGAAGUCAGAUCAUGGCAGCAAACAGUGCCACAUGCAAAGCUCUCAUCGGUGCAUCUGAAUUCUGCUGAUACGAGCAUCACUUGGGAGGUUCUCUAUCCGGAGUGGAUCGACGAGGAGGAAGAGUAUGAAGUGCCUAAUUGUCCUUCUCUCCCUCGUCCCCAGGUCAAGAAAGGAUCAAGACUCGAUCUUGUUGCAGUCAAGCUGCCCUGUGAUAGAUCAGGCAGCUGGUCCAGGGAUGUGGCGAGGUUGCACCUGCAGCUCGCUGCCGCCCAACUCGCUGCAGCUUCGCAGGUCCAUGUCCUGCUAGUGACCGAGUGUCUCCCUAUUCCAAACCUCUUCACCUGCAAAGAUCUCAUCGGACAUGGAGGAAAUCUUUGGCUGUACAAGCCUGACUCGACGGUAUUGGAGGAGAAGCUUCGUCUUCCUAUUGGGUCAUGCAAACUCGCGAUCCCCUUCGAAGCAAAAGUGCGGUCGUACACGGAGGCAGGACGGCGAGAAGCAUACGCCACGAUACUGCACUCAGCAGAACGCUACGUCUGCGGCGCAAUUGCAGCAGCCCGAAGCAUCCGCUCGUCGGGGUCCGCAAGGGACCUCGUGAUCUUGGUGGACGACACCAUAAGCGAGCAUGACCGCAGCGGCCUCGAAGCUGCGGGGUGGAAGGUCAGAACCAUGGAGAGGAUCCGCAACCCCAAGGCCAAGCGCGACGCCUACAACGAGUGGAACUACAGCAAGUUCCGGCUGUGGCAGCUCACGGAGUACGACAAGGUCGUCUUCCUCGACGCCGACCUCCUCGUGCUGAGGAACAUCGAUUUCCUGUUCGCGUUGCCUGAGAUAACUGCGGUGGGGAACAACGCCGCCCUCUUCAACUCAGGCGUGAUGGUGGUGGAGCCAUCCAACUGCACAUUCCAGCUGCUGAUGGAUCACAUCGACGAGAUAACGUCCUACAAUGGCGGCGACCAGGGUUACCUGAAUGAGAUCUUCACAUGGUGGCACCGCGUCCCCAAGAGCAUGAACUUCUUGAAGCACUUCUGGGCUGGGAACACAGAGAGGAGGAGAGAGAAGAAGAACAGGUUGCUGGGAGCAGACCCACCGGCUCUCUACGUCGUUCACUACCUGGGGCUAAAGCCAUGGCUGUGCUUCCGGGACUACGACUGUAACUGGGAUCUGCGCACGUACUGGGGAUUUGCCAGUGAUGCAGCACACGAGACAUGGUGGAAGGUGCAUGAUACCUUGACGGAGAAGCUGAAGGCCUUUUGUCUUCUAACAACCAAGACGAAGGCUUACUUGGAGUACAACAGGAGGCAGGCGGAGAAGGCGAGCUACCCCGACGGACACUGGAGGAAGAACAUCACAGAUCCAAGAUUGCAUGUCUGCGCAGAGAAGUUCUGCUCCUGGGAGAGCAUGCUGGUGCAUUGGGGUGAGAAGAACUCGUCCAAUGAUCGCCAUACCAAUGCGAAUCCUUCUGCAGCUCUGCCUAGCUCGUAACGUUUAGGAGGAGGAGGAAGACGAUUGCAUCUGAUAGACGAUUCUUGUUCCGAUUCAUGUUCUUGCUUCCGAACCCCAUAGAUUUGCUUCGUCUUACAAAUGAUUUCUCUCUCUCUCUCUCUUGUUGAUGCAUUUAGCUACAACAAAGUGCAAAAUACGGGAGACGAAGCGAGUAGAGGUAGACACAGUGUUCGACUAAAUCCAUGAAAUGUGUCCGUGCUCCCAAAUCAGGUCACUGCAUCACCAUCCAAAAGACAUGGGGAACUCCAACUCCUUUC